AUGGCAGACACCCAGUCCGCGCCCGGCCUCCCAGAGCUCACCGUCCUCUCCCGCGUCGCCUCCAUCCCCCUCAUCACCUCCUCCCUCGCUGCCCUCACCGCCUACCCCGCCACCCAGCACGCCCGCGACGCCGCCCACGCCCUCGCAGCCCCCCUCGCCCCCUACACCGCACCCUUCGCCGCCCGCUGCGCCCCCCUCCUCACCCGCGCAGACGGCCUCGCAAACGCCGGCCUCGACGCCGUCGAGUCGCGCUACCCCUACCCCUUCCGCACCCCCCCGCAGGACAUCAUCGCGGACAUCAGGGGCUCCGCAGACCACGCCCGCGCAGUCGCCGCAAAGACCGUCGACGAUCGCCUCAAGAACCCCGCCGUCGCCGUCGCGCAGGGCAUCGACCAGCGCUUCACGCCCCUCGUAGACUACUUUGCCCUCGCCGUCUCUCGCCUCCACCCCGCGGACCCGGCCGGGCCCUCGGCCUCCGACUCUUCCGACUCGGCCUCGUCCUCGUCCGCCUCGACCGCCGCCGACGACGCAAAGUACCAGUACCAGCGCGCCUACGCCCUCUCCCUCGACCUCAAAGACCAGCUCUACGUCUACUCCAACGACCAGCUCGCCCACCUCCAAGCCCAGAGCGCCCUCGUCCAAAAAGCCACCCAGACCGCCCACAGCCUCUCCGUCCUCGCCGCCUCGUCCGCCCACGCCGUCCAGACCCGCGCCCACGCCCUCUCCGAGACCAUGCUCCAGGAGCUCCACCGCGUGCAGACCGCGACCGCAGCCCUCCCCGCCCACCUGCAGGCCGCCCUCGCCCCGCUCACCGCCGCCCUCGCCGACGCCCAGGCCGAGAUCGCCCGCGUGCGCGCGCAGGACGCGCCCGUCGCCGACAAGGCCGCCGCCCUCGGUCGCACCGUCAGCGCCAAGGUCAAGCCCGUCCUCGAGGCCGUCGCCAGGCGCGUCGACGGCGUGCGCAGGCGCGCCUCGGGCCAGCCCCCCGACGCGGUGCCCGACGCCAUCCCUGCGCCUGCGGGAGAGAAGUGA